AUCUUAAGGAAACGAUCAGACAUAUGCACGAUAGCAUUGGAGCAGCAUCUCACCGCUACUUGUGCGAGGUCAGGCCUCAGGGAUUCUCCUCUCAUCCUCACGGAACCGGAAUGGCUGCCGCUGCUUCAUCGGCGAUCCGCCCGGUCUCGAUUCUCCUACCGCUGCCGCCUUCCAGUCUUACAUCCACCUUGAGGUCCUUCCCAGGCCUCCUCCGCCCUCUUCCUCGACUAUUGCCUCCGCCGAGAAGCCUCCGGAGUUCUCUCUGCCCACCGCGUCGAUUCUCCCCCGUCGUCUUCGUUGCCGCCGCCCAAUCCAAUCUCUUCAAGGUGAUUCAGACAGCUUGGAGAAUUGGAAGAGAUGUGACAGAUGCAGGAGCUAAUCUUGUGCCUGAUGCAGUUCCUAGACCAGUAGCGAGGAUUGGUGUUGCCAUUGCUGCUAUCAGUGUUGCACUUUUUGUUCUGAAGUCCUUCCUAUCUACUGUUUUCUUUGUAUUGGCGGUGAUGGGACUCGUAUACUUUGGGUUUGUGGCGCUGAAUGCAGACGAAGUCUCAAACAACAAGGAAAGCACUCCAUCCAGCGAGGAUCAAUCGUUGGAAGAAGCAAGAAGGAUAAUGGAGAAGUACAAAUAGACACAAGUUUUAGGGGAUAACUUGUAUUUUCUUCCUCUCUCUGUUGCAUAUAGAUUAACGUAAUUGUUCCAUGAAAAACACAUCAUUCAAACACGAUGCCUCUGGAUUAAGUUUCACUAUUUGAAGAUGAUGUUCUCAUUAUUA